CGACAUGGCCCAGCCGGUCCACAGCCUCUACUCAGCCUUUGGCCUCCAGUGCUGCCUCCUCUUCCUUCUAGCUGCUUGGGAGGCAGGUGCUACUGCACUCCAAGAAUAUCAGAAAACUGGUGAACUCUCAACAUCUGAUCAUGUAUUUCCCCUCACUCCAGGCCUUGUUUACAGUAUCCCCUUCGAUCACAUUGUUCUGCAUUCAGGACAAAGACCUCCAGACCUCCCUAAAUCUAUAGAAGUCCGUGAACGAAAACGCCACUGCAACACCACACGCCAUUCCAAGCCCACUGACAAGCCUAUAGACAACUCCAAAACUACAGACCAUAAAAGCUCUACAGAUAAUCAUGAGGCUCCUCCCACUUCUGAAGAAAACUCCGGCAGUCAAGGGAAAGACCCAGUGAUCCGGAACCAACGCUCUGUUGAUUCUGCUGACUCCACUACCACACAUAAAGAAUCAUCUGAAAAAAAACAUAUAACUCCAGCACCCAAGAGAAAAAUAACUUGUCGUAAGUCCUCAGCAGGCAAAUCAACAGUAACAACAAAAUCAGAUAACUCUGGAAGACCUACUGCCUCAUAUAAGGCUACAACUUCCUUCCACAAUUCAGAUGAUUCACAAACCAACCAAAAAAGCACGUCUUCUGAGAAAAUCACAACAGGAACCCCAGAAGAGUCAGAAAAAAAUGAAGAUUACAGAACAACACUUGCCUCAGACAAGAUCCUGAUAAAAACUACAAAAAACAUACAAGAGACUAUAUCAGCCAGUGAGAAGAUCACACAGUCUCUAGCAGACCCUACAGAACAUGGAGAAAAGACAGCCAAUGAGAAGACCACACCUUCCACAGCAGAACCUACAGAACAUGGAGAAAGGACCCCACUAGCCAGUAAGAACACCACACCAUCCCAAACAGAGCAUACAGAACAUGCAGAAAGGACCCCACAGGCCAAUGAGAACACCACACCAUCCCCAGCAGAGCAUACAGGACAUGGAGAAAGGACUCCAGUUGUCAAUGAGAACACCACACCAUCCCUAGCAGAGCCUACAGAACACAGAGAAAGGACACCAUCAGCCAAUGAGAACACUACACCAUCCCCAGUAGAGCAUACAGAACAUGGAGAAAGGACCCCACUGGCCAAUGAGAACACCACACCAUCCCCAGCAGAGCCUACAGAACAUGGAGAAAGGACCCCACUGGCCAAUAAGAACACCACAUCAUCCCCAUUAGAGCAUACAGAACACAGAGAAAGGACACCUUCAGCCAUUGAGAACACCACACCAUUCCCAGCAGAGCCUACAGAACAUGGAGAAAGGACACCGUCGGCCAAUGAGAACACCACACAAUUCCCAGCAGAGCCUACAGAACAUGAAGAAAGGACACCAUCAGCCAAUGAGAACACCACACCAUACUCAGCAGAGCAUACGGAACGCGGAGAAAGGACACCGUGGGCCAUUGAGAACACCACACCAUACCCAGCAGAGCCUACAGAACAUGGAGAAAGGACACCGUCAGCCAAUGAGAACACCACACCAUCCCCAGCAGAGCCAACAGAACAUGGAGAAAGGACACCGUCGGCCAAUGAGAACACCACACCAUACCCAGCAGAGCCAACAGAACAUGGAGAAAGGACAUCGUCGGCCAAUGAGAACACCACACCAUACCCAGCAGAGCAUACGGAACAUGGAGAAAGGACACCGUCGGCCAAUGAGAACACCACACAAUUCCCAGAAGAGCCUACAGAACACGAAGAAAGGACACCAUCAGCCAAUGAGAACACCACACCAUACCCAGUAGAGCAUACGGAAAAUGGAGAAAGGACAUCAUUGGCCAACGAGAACACCACACCAUCCCCAGCAGAGCCUACAGAACAUGGAGAAAGGACCACAUCACCCAGUGACAAGAUCACACUAUCUGCAGCAGAGUCUACAGAACAUACAGAAAGGACUGCAUCAGCCAAUGUGAUCACACCAGCCCCAGCAGAGCCUAUAGAACAUGGAGAAAGGACCACAUUGGCCCAUGAGAAGAGGACACAAGUCACAAUAAAGUCCACAGAACACUCAGAAAAGACCACAUCAACCACAGAGAAAACCACAAAAGCCUCAGAAAAGCCUACACUAUACCCAAAGAAGACCAUAUCCACCAAAGGGAAAAACAUAUCAGUCUCAGAAAAGCCUACAGAAAACCCAGGGAACACCACACUGGCCACUGAGACCACAAAAGCCCCAGUAAAGUCCACAGAAAACCUGGAAAAAACAGCAGCAGUCACAAAGACUAUAAGACCUUCAGUCAAGGUCACAGGAGACAAAUCUAUCACUACUACCUCUUCUCAUCUAAAUAAAACUGAAGUUACUCAUCAGGUGCCCAUCAGUUCUUUUACACUCAUCACAUCUAGAAUGAAGUUGAGUUCUAUCAUAUCAGAAGUCCCAAGCAACGAGAGCUAUCCAUACCACAAUAAAGAUGGCUCACAGAAAGGUAUCCACGCUGGACAGAUAGGGGAGAAUAAUUCAUUCCCUGCAUGGGCCAUAGUUAUUGUGGUCCUGGUGGCUGUGAUUCUCCUCCUGGUGUUCCUUGGCCUAAUCUUCUUGGUCUCCUAUAUGAUGCGGACACGCCGCACACUAACCCAGAACACCCGGGACAAUGACACAGAGGAUGAGGGUGGCCCCAAUUCCUACCCAGUCUACCUGAUGGAGCAGCAGACACUUGGCACGGGCCAGAUCCCUUCCCCACGGUGAUCUUGGAGUAGGCAUCGAGCCCCGGCUCUUCCAUGCUCUGCCCCUUUCCUGGAUGAGGAACUGGACUCACAAUUUCUAUUUCCUGGACUCUGGGAAGGGCAGAGAAUACCGAUGGUUAACAACAAUAACCCUUCCUCUGUUCUUAAUUGAAACUGGUUGGGGAAUGAGGUGAUAAGCAAGGAGGGUAUAAGUUUAGGGGAUAGAGAAGAAAGAAUGAACAAUACAAGUAGAUGUUCUCUGUAGAAGGCGAUGGUCUGAGAAUGAAAAGGUGUUUGAGGGACAUGUUGGGUGGGGACCAAUACAGAACCUGAGUCCUAAAGGAAGGACAGGAGCCUUAGAAGGCAAUGCCCCAGACUGACUUGUGAGUGGUGAUUAUGGGGAAAGGGAGAGAC